CACAUUUUAAAGUACACAAAAAAGCCUACUCAAUUACAGUAACUGCGUGUAAAUGUAGUUCCUUCCUUUCCACCUCUGCAUACAGAAAUAUAAGGAAUCAAAUGUAUAAGUGUGAGUAUCCUCCACAUGCCCUGACAGCUCAUUGUAGGUUACACAAAAAUUGCACUUUUCUGAACAUUUUUAGCCAGGCACACUCACGGGGACUCUUCUGCACAUUAGACCAGUGGUCCUCAGCAGCUCCAACCACCUCCUUGCCUUCGCUCAAUUAAAUAAUGCUUUGUCACCCUUUCCUGAGGCAAAAGAAGGGGAGCCAUUCACCUCACGGAUGUGCCCCUUCAUGUGUUUGAGCUUAACAGGACGCUCUGUACAGACGCUCUUGGACACAGCAAAUGGUGGGCACAGGCUUUAUGAAUAGAGGUCUCUGUGGUCCCCCCAAAAAGAGUGUGUGCGUGUGUGUGUGCGCAUGUGUGUGUGUAUGCUGCAGGGGGUUGUUUGUUGGUGCACUUGCCGAGAAUGUGCGUGUGAGGCCCCCCAUGCAUGUGUGUGCUUGUGUUAAUCACUUUUUCUGGCCACACAACAACAAAUGUGGCCCGUAAACAUAAACACGAAUGAGAAUGGGCUCCAUUAAAGACUCCAUUUCGAUGCAUUUUGUGAACAUUUGUGUUUUUCCUGAUAGCGAAUUGAGACAGGAGCGAGUCGCAAUCAGUUAUUACAGCAAUUACACAGUCGUGAGCAGGACACGACAGGAAUUUAGGAGCGAGGGAAAGAAAGAAAGGGAGCGAGAGAGAGUGAGAGAGAGAGAGAGAGAGAGAGAGAGAGAGAGGGACAUGGAGGGAAAGAGUAAAAGUGAGAGAGGGAUGCCUCUUAUAAAGCCAAGUCCUGUCUCUAAGGGGAGAAUUUGCGAGCAGCGAGGCCAAGCUUUGGGUCAGAAUCAGAGGCCCGGUGAGCCAAUGACUGUACUAAUAAUUCUCCUUAAUGGUGUAUGAAUGUCCAGGGGACGCUGGCUGUUGAAGUUAUUCAUCCUGCAGAAUCACUAUCACAUCUGAUUCCCGUGAGCAUGUGCAUGACAACAAAGCAAACAUGUGGACAAGACGCUGAGGCUCCUCUCUCUCAAACCGUCAAUUAGUUUGCAAGCGCCCGCGGAAAAGGAAUUGAAUCUAGGAAUCGUGGCAUGUCUUGCUCAGAUGACGUCUGCCACACCUCCUUCCUCUCGUAGCUCCUCCCCCCAGAAGGUUUGCCACUCCCAGACACAGACUGAUGUUUUAAAACCCUUACUGGGUGGCAUUACCGGUGGGGGCGGGACUCUGAGAAAGAGGAGGCGUGUUCUCUCCAAGGAUGGACGAAGCAACAUACGAAUCGAGCAUGUCAGCGGGCGGGGCGCGCUCUACAUGCGUGACCUCUGGACAACAUUUGUGGACAUGCAGUGGCGCUACAAGUUCUUCUUGUUCACCGCGACAUUUGCAGGGACGUGGUUCCUGUUCGGAGUGCUUUGGUACCUGAUGGCGCUGGUGCACGGAGACCUCCUGGAGUUUGACCCUCCGUCAAACCACACCCCCUGUGUGAUGCAGAUGCAAACCUUGACUGGAGCCUUCCUCUUCUCCCUGGAGUCCCAGACGACCAUUGGCUAUGGUUUUCGCUGCAUCACUGAAGAAUGCCCGGCUGCCAUUGUCCUCCUCAUUAUCCAGCUGGUCAUCACCAUGCUGAUGGAGAUCUUCAUCACUGGUACCUUCCUGGCCAAGGUGGCUCGGCCAAAAAAGCGAGGAGAGACGGUAAAGUUUAGCCAACAUGCGGUGGUGUCGACCCUUGAAGGUCGACCGUGCCUGAUGAUCAGAGUGGCCAACAUGCGCAAGAGUCUUCUCAUUGGGUGUCAGGUGAAUGGAAAACUGCUCCAGACAUCUCUGACCAAAGAAGGCGAGACGGUUCGUUUGGACCAGAGAAAUGUCCCGUUCCAAGUGGACACGUCCAGUGACAGUCCCUUCCUCAUCCUGCCCCUCACCUUCUAUCAUGUCAUAGAUGAUGACAGCCCUCUGCGGGCCUGGGCAGCCAAGGGUGGAGGCUGGACAGAUCCAGAACUGGCUGAUUUUGAGUUGCUGGUGAUCAUGAGCGCUACAGUGGAGCCAACCUCCGCCACCUGCCAGGUCCGCACCUCCUACCUGCCUGACGAGAUUCUCUGGGGCUAUGAGUUUCCCCCUGUAGUCUCCCUUUCCCCAUCAGGUAAAUAUGUAGCAGACUUUGCCUUCUUCGACAAAGUGGCCAAGACCAAGACCAUGCCUAUUUUCAAACCAUCCAGCCCCCAGCACAACCACCAGAGCAACGGGGGUGGGAGUGUGUCUGAGGUGACCGAUUCAGAGAAGAUUCGUCUGGAGCAGAGCUACAGAGAGAGGGGAGGGGAUGACCGCGGCCGGGUCAGAGACACUCCACUCAGUGUUCGCAUCAGCAACGUGUGAACACGAGAGCAAGAAGUUCAGUGUAAACAGCAAAAACAUCACAUUUCAACACCUUUUGGACACUGUCUUUUCAGACUGCCCUGGACGUACAUGAGAAAGAUAUAUUGGUUACACCAAAUGACACAGAAAGCAAACAUGGACGAUUAUGAAUGACUUUAUGGUUACUUUAUAAUUGUCAUACGUUUGCUGGGGAGUUUGCAUGUUCUCCCCGUGUGUGCAUGGGUUUUCUCCGUGUUCUCCGAUUUCCUCCCACAGUCAAAAACAUGCUGGUUUGGCGAUUAGGCGAUUUGGACACUCUAAAUUGACGAUAGGUGUGAGUGUGAGAGUGGGUGGCUGUUUGUCUCUAUGUGUCCCCGUGAUGGACUGACGACCUGUCCAGGGCGUACCCUGCCUUCCGCCUUAUGCCUGCUGGGAUUGGCGCCAGCGUCCCCUGCUGGAAUAACAUACUACCUAACUACUAUUUACAUUUGAAUGUGAGAUUUAAAAAAGACACACAAGCAGUUGAGAGGAUCUUGGGCUGUUUGGGUAUUACCCCCAGAUCAGUAAUGCAAAAACUGUAAAUGAGUAAGUGAGUUUCAGGCUUGAGUGGGUGCAGUGUUUCCCCCUCAACACUUAGGAUUUUUUUUUAUAUUUCCCAUUUGCUAAAAAUAAACAACUCACUGCCUGAGUUUCAACACAAAUGUGUGUAUCAUACGUGGCAUUACAUGAACACUAAAGCACUUGAGAUUAAUCUAUGUGACAUACGUGUAGCACUAAAGUUGAAAAUGAAAAUGCAAGUGUGCUUAACUGUGGUUUGAGGUAGUCUCUAUGCUGUGUCACUCUAUUGGCACGAGUGCAACUGUCACUGCUGUUAGCACUUUAUGUACAUUAUGUACAAUUGCACCUUAGAAAGGUUAGCUGUUUGGGAUCUAACCUUAGGGGAGAUGUGAUCUUUUUUUAAGCACUAAUAAAAGCACCUACAUGUUAAAUGUCAGUUUAUUAUUAUUUACAACAGAUAGUUGCUGUUGUUUUUUGUUGUCUCAGUGGCUUUCAGACGAUUCAUGGAUCGUCACAGACACAUAAGACAGAUUUUUCUUUGUGGAAAAGGAGACGUGGUUUUCUAACACUGAAAAUAAUCACAGGCAUUCUGUUGAAAAAAACCCUCUUUCCAUUUUCCGUCUAGACAACAAGAAGGUCUUGUGAGAUCAUGAAACCAUGGGUGAGUUAUGAGGGACGUGAAAGUGAUGUUUCAAAAUCUCUAAUGGUUUUGAUGAAACUGAGCAGUGACAGUGACGUUUAAACAUGACAGAUUAAGCAAAAAUGAACAGUGCGGCUCUGAAUAUGUCGUGGAGUGUUUUUUUUUUAAGUGCAGCUGGAGGGAUCAAGCGAUACUAUUCUCUUUAACAAAUGUAAAAUAAAGUGUAUAAAGAUGACAAUGAGUUAUUCUCGUACAUUCUUGAAUGUCUUCCACUAAAAACUUUUUGGAAAAGUUUCAUAUUUGUCAUGACCAAAAAGUUAGUCAUCUUAUUGCCACAAAAUAAACGCACAAGGAGAUUCUUCUCACUCUGUUGUGUUUCUGUUUAGUUUUUUUUUUUUUUACAUUUAACACAGGCUCCGCAUAGCCACUCCAUUACUGAACAUCCCCCAUGUCCACAUAGCAUCUCUGUUGUAGGCUUAUCUGUAAAUAAAGUUAAUUUUAAGUAUU